AUGCAUAUCGGUGUGCAGAUUGCGUGGGUUGAUAUGGAUGUGCGGAUUGGCUCCUCGUCAUCUUCAACUGUCCAACUCGUCCACGCAGCCCGUUGCAACACUCAACAUGCACACCUGGAUCGAUCCCCCCUUCGCGAUGGAAAAGACGCGGAUGAGUGGGAACCCACUGAAUCCGAAGCCGUCGCCAACAUCGACCAGUGGUAUCAAGCAGGACGACCGCUCUUUCCCCGCCAUUCCCUCCAGGAUGUGCGCGACCAGCUGCGGAAGCCCCUCAAAAAGGGCGACUCCAUUUACGUGAAAGCGUUCGAUGGGUCGAUCUACGAAUGGCCUGUGAAAACCGGCGACAUAAAACCGCUUUGGGAGCCCGACGAUGACAUGGGAGAGGAGAAACGGGUGCAAUGGGUGCUGACCACCCCGCACAUUUCCUAUCGCUCAUUUACAGGGCUCAAAGAUUUGCUGGAAUACAGUCUGUCCCAGGCGUAUUGCAGCGUGGCAAUACAACACUGGAUGACUCGCGUCGGCCAAGAGCCUGAGCCUGAACCCCUGGGGGAUCUUAAUUCAGGACUGGAAUUCCUGGACACUACCUUGCGGGGCUGGGAAGGGAGCGAACCAUGGAGAGACAUCAAAUCCACCCUCUCGUCGUUGAAUCUUAAUACCAAGAUCGCCAAGGUGAUAGGUAUGGCAUGCGGGUCUUUCACCCCGACAUUGGAGCGCUGCGGAUCUAGAAGAUCAGCCGUUCAACAUGCACUCCUCUUAACGAUAAAGAGCUUUCUGCAGGAAUACAAUUUAGGUACCAGCGAGGUCGCAUGUUACGUGCAGGACCCGGGAUAUUCCAAGACAGAUAGGCUGGUUCUUGAGCAAUCGGAUAUCAAGGUGCUCGAGGAUCCGGAGGGCUUCCUGGAAAUGGACGAUGCCUCCCUCGUGUUUUCCUGCAACCCCAACAUUUGUGUCAAGGAGAUUGUUGCGGACAUUGCCCGUCCGUCGAUUCUCAUCUGGUGUACUGUCAAAGAGGAAGAUCCGGAACAUGCCCUCACCGACCCAGACUCCCCUCGCGUCAGAGAGAUGAUCCGAACGUGCUAUGAUCAGUUUCCGUUCCCGAAGACCAUGAUGAUAACUUUUCGCGCAUGA